AUGAGUUUCAAUUCAAGAAUUCCUUAUGCCACUUUUAUUAAAAACAAGAAGGUACUUGAGAACAACCAAAAGGUUAUUUACAUCAAAAAGGAUGUCAAGAAAAAUGGAACGAAGAUACCAAAAGAAGUUUCCAUAAUUAGUAAAAAUGCCUUUUCAAGUGCUGAUAUGACUUCCAUUACCAUUCCUUCCAAUGUCACUGAACUUGAAGACUCUGCCUUUGAGAGUAGUGUAAUUACUACACUCAAAAUUCCAUCAACUGUGAAAACUAUUGGACGAUCAGCCUUUGCUUAUAACAAAGAGUUAAAAGAAGUUACAUUACCAGAGGGUAUGACUGUUGUUCUAGAGUCUUGUUUUAUGAAUUGUGCUCAACUUGAAAAAGUGAAUCUUCCUCAAUCCUUACAGUUCAUAGGGGACAACGCCUUUGAAAAUUGUCAUUUAAAAGAAGUGAAAGUGCCCGAACAAUGUACGUUAAGACAAAACUGUUUUAAUUCGAACAAAUUUUUAGUCAAAGUUACACUGAAAGGUAUUUCAAAUGUUCCACCAACAGCUUUUGCUAAUUGUGAAAUUCUUAAAAAUGUUGAAGUUGAUGCAAAUUUAAAGGAAAUUGGGGACAACGCCUUUGAGUCUUGCACAAAUCUUGAGAAUUUCAAUUUCACAGAAAAUAUCGAGUACAUUGGCAGUUCAGCAUUUCAAGCGUGUGAGAAACUGAAGACUGCAGUUCUUCAGAAAAAGGUCAAAUUCAUUGGGGAUUUUGCGUUCUCGGGGUGUAUCAAUUUAGAGGAAGUUGUUGUUGAAAAUGAAAAUGCUUAUAUAGGUCUUGGUGUCAUUGCCAAGUGUGACAACUUAAAAACAAUAGAACUUACUAAAUAUCACAAGAAUGUUCAAAUUGAAGUGACUGAAAAUGAGUUUAAAACACUGAAUAAAGUUGGUCUGAAACUCGAUGAAAAGUUAAUAGAAAAGGUGACCAAUCGCGAUGAAAUAAGAGACAAACUAAAUCAACCAGACUUCACAAAAGUCAAUACAAUUAACAACUUUUAUGAUCAAAAUAUUACUGAAAUUGACUUAAAACCAUCUGUGGAAGUCAUUGGAGGCAAUGGAUUUUCAGCUGGUGAGUUGACUUCGCUCUUCAUCCCAUCGUCUCUUGUAUUGAGUGACACUGUGAGUGUCACAAAUUGUUCAAAUCUAGAAAAUAUAGUAUUUCCAAAUUAUUUGAAUAGUUUCACACCAAACCCACUUGCCGAACAGAAUUUAACACAAAUUAAACUUCCAAAUGGCGUCACCCGAAUUAAUCACAAGACUUUUUAUUACUGCAAAAUUGAAGAAAUUGAACUGCCGAAUGGCGUUAAAGAAGUUGAAGAUGGUGCUUUUGAUAGUUGUGUGAAAUUAUCAAAAAUAGUGCUUCCACAAACCGUCACACAAAUCACAGAAAAGUUUGCAGUGAAGUGUUAUAACUUAACAGAAAUUGUUGUGAGUGACAACAAAAUAUUGGACGUCGCCAAAAUCUUAAAAUUGAAUCAGAACACUUCAGAGGAGCUUACGAGUAUUCCCAGUGACAUCACAGAGAUCAACUCAAAUUUAAAUUUAGACUAA